AUGACAUCAAUGGCUAACGUGGACUCUAAACUUCGUUUACAUCAUGGUGCAGUUGAUAAUUUAGCUUUGACAGAGCGACCACCAUAUGAAAUUUUCAUAGUAAUUAAACAAACUUUAGUUAGUAUGGGUAUAGAAAUAAAGCGAGAAGGAGAAUUCAAAGUUAGAUGCGUGAGGCGCAAGAGAAAGGUUGAAAGCAAACCAUCUGCUAAAGAUAAGUCUAUAAAGAGCAAGGACACUUUGGCAACAUUAGAAGGUUCUGAAAGUACAUCAGAUUUUUCCAUUGAAAAGAAGCGUAAAAAAUAUGCUAGUGGGGCGUUUAAAACACUGUUGCGUCGUACAAGUUCAAACAAUACCAAUCAAUUAUUAUCUACAUCACACAGCCAUAAAUUAAAUCGAUCAGAGGAGUCAGUGUCUGCUUCUGCACCAACUAGUCCGACAAUAGGUCCGAUUAUGACAGUUACGAGCCCAACCGAUUGUCCCGCCCCAUCAUUAUUACCAGAAGUAUUAUAUGGUGAUCCGACGACAGAUUCGGGCGAUGAAAUCAGGUUUGCAGUAGAACUAUGUCGUCUUAAGAAUCUUCCUGGAUUAUACAUUGUGGAUAUCAAAAGAAUAAAGGGUAAUCUUUGGGCAUACAAAUUUUUGUAUCAUACGCUUCUCGAUAAAUUGGACUUAAAAGGCAAAGGUGGUUAUUUAACUAUUGGAACAAGUGGCGGAAUGAUUCAUGAUGGGAAGACUUAUAUAGUUUAA